AUGGAGAUUGAUAAAGCCUCUAAUUCUGACUCUACUGUGAACACCACAAGCGGCGGCGACGGAGGAAGCAGUGACGCCGGCAGGGAUGUGCGCCUCAACAAUGUGAACAAAAUGUCACAUAAGAUCUCCAAACCCAUUAGAAAGCAUCUUCCUCCAACUCCUCCUAAUAUCCCUAUUUUUGAGAAAAACAGUCAAAAUCCCCAAUCACAGCCGCAACAGAACAAUCUGCAGCAGCCGCCUGUCUACAAUAUUAACAAGAAUGACUUCCGCAACGUUGUUCAGAAGCUCACUGGCUCUCCGGCCCACGAGCACCCCCCACCGGUAAACCAAUCGAGGCCACCGAGCUCCCGGCUUCAGAGGAUCCGUCCCCCGCCUUUGGCUCAGAUUAGCAACCGCCCGCCGCCUCUGGCGCAGGACCCGACUUCCAGUGCUGACCUGGCCCAAAAGGAUGGGUUAGCCGGAAGUCAACGGGCUGCACAACCGUUCUCCCCGCUUCCACCGCUUCCGGCUGUGCUCGCGGCGGCGGAGUCCCCGAUCUCCGCCUAUAUGCGGUUUCGCCAGAGCUCAAUCUCAUCUUUUUCUGGAGCUUUGCCGCGGUGGAACAGCCUCACACAGCCGCAGCAGGCACCACCGGCGUCAUCUUCUACUGCCUCACCACUGUCAUUUCCAACUCUUCCUCUGUCUCCGCUGCCAUUUGGAUGUGUGCCAUCACCGAGAUCUCCAUACGCUAUGCUAUCGCCGAGCUUAUUUUCGCCGACAGGUCAAUUGGGGUUUCCACAGCUUCCUUUAUCGCCAACACUGCCUGUUCCAAGCCCAAGGUGGAAGAAUAUCUAA